AUCAGGCCGUAGACAAAACAACAUCAUUGUAUUUGAAUCAGUGUAUUGGUUUAUUUUGUAUGUCCUUCAGUAACACCUAGUGACAAUUGUGAGUAGCUGCACUAAAGAGGAAGUGAGCAAAUAGUAAAUAUUCAGAGUAACAGGAAGUGAUGUUCAGAAAGUUCCUUUCUGCGUAUGGACUCAGAGUGAGAAUCUCAGCGUACAAUCCUCUUAAUCCUUUGCCUUAAAGUCCACAAAACUGGCUUCAUCUUUUUACAAAUGACGUUUUCCUUCAUUGAAUUCUGCCAAACACAACAUCCUGUCUGUUCCUUGGAGAAUACGGUGCUGGAGAACAUAAUGUCAAUCUGGCUGUUUAGCUGAAAAAUACGUUUCCUGCAACAACGUAUUCAAGCCCUCCAUCUAGAGAAGAAAGAGCUUCAAUCAAGACCUCUGUCUGGAGAGAAAAGAACUCCAGAAUGCUAUAACAAAACAAUGGACAGAUGAUGCAGCUGAGCCACUCGGCUGGGCCCCUCUUGCUGCUAGUGUCUAUUGCACCAGCUGAUGUUUGCCUGUAAUUGAUUCUACUUCCAAUCAGUGUGGCAGCAGGUUAUCUUUAACAUGGAAAGCUGAUUACAGCUGCCAUCCACCACAAAGGAGCAAGCUACUAACCUGUCAGAGCCACCAUUCAAGCCUGCAGGCGGUCAGUAUUCAAUACUCAAAGGUCCACUCAGUCAAUAAUCCAAUAAUGAAGUAUUAUAGCUUUAGGUCAGGCUCGAAAAUAUAUCAAGAGGAUAUUUAUUACAAAAAUAUAAUUGGUUUAACCAACUAUACAAUUGCCAUAAUUACAAAGUAUUUUGCAUACAACAUGAAGGGGAACUUCAGUCUACUUUUGUUCUGUGGUUUUAUGAAAGACAAUACAAAGUUGCACUAUAGGAAACGUGUCAUCCAGUGUUUUCGCCCAUGCUAGAGACUAAAAGUUAGAACAUGCUCUGAUCUGAGCAUGUGAUCUUUCUCUUUUGAGAAUCCCAAUGUUAUGGAAGUAAAGCACUAAAUCACUAGACUACCCCUUUAACAAAUACACACAUCUUGAGUAAAUGUAGUUCAUAGUUUAGUUUAUAUUAUGUAAUGUUUAUUACAUUAAGUGUUCCCUUGUGUGCCAAACUUGUGUAUAACUAACACAUUCAACUGUUUAACACUACAUAACAUGUUUCAGUUUUUAAUGGAUGUUAAUAAAUGCACCCUUAUUGUAAAUUGUUACCAAUGUGUAAUCAUGGAAAUAGAAUAAGAGUAGAUCAGACAUUCCCAUUCUAAUCAACGUAGCAGGAUGGUUAGAGUGGCGGCCCUUUUAAUGUGUACUGUUGCAAUCGCAACAGUUUUAGCGAGCUUCCGUAUGAACUAAGCCGACUUGUGACAAGUUGCCGACUAACUGAGGUGAGGUUUUGCAGUAACGACUAAAACAAGCAGGGAAUUAGUAACUUUUAACAACUUAAUGCUUCAUCCACACACUUGUUACAGUGUAGGAAAGUACAUUGCAAUCACCAUAUGAUCCUUAAAAAAUGGUGGCAUUAGCAAGCCAGCUAGCUAGCAGAUAGCUGGCUAGUUAAUUAGCUUGCUCAUUCCACCAUGCUUUAUUGCUACACUGGUUCCAGAAAAUGACCCAAAGAGCGGGCUGGUGGCCAGUGGCAGCGCUGGGUCUAAUGCUGUAACAUUGGCCCUUUUCUGUGAAGUCAAAAGACAAUAGAAACAAUGCCUGUUUUAAUCCAAUUCUAUUUCUAUGGGUAAUGGUAUUUCAGCAAGAAGAAACCAUGGCAAGACCUGUAGAGCUGCUGGCAACAUUGAAGGAUUUGGCAGAUGAAGAGUUCAAAGAGUUCAAAUGGUACCUACAGCAGGCCGAGGUCUUGGGAGGCUUCUCACCAAUCCCAAGGAGCCAAUUAGAAAAAGCGGACAGGAUGGACACAGUGGACGAGAUCAUAGAGACCUACGAACAAAAUGCAGUGGAGGUGACAAUUAAGGUUUUGAAGUUAAUCAAUAAGAAUGACUUGGUGCAGCGAUUAUCAAACAUCAGCUCAACAUCCAAAGAGACUCUCAUUGAUUGCCAGCGUAAAGUCAAAUCCAACCUGGGGAAGAAGUUUCAGCAUUUGUUUGAGCAAGCCACAAAAUCUGGAAAGCAGAUUUUGAUGAAUGAGAUCUACACUGACCUCUACAUCACUGGGAAAAAGUCUGGGAAGGUCGACACGGAACAAGAGGUCAGGCAAACUGCAACAGUAUCCAGAAAAACAGCUGAUUUGGAACCAACUAUCAACAUAGAAGACCUCUUUGAAUGCUUAUCUGGUCAAAAUGGAUCAGUUAGAACAUUACUGACAAAAGGAGCAGCAGGCAUUGGGAAAACAGUCUUGACACGGAAGUUUUCCCUGGAUUGGUCCGAAGACAAAGUCAACAACAAUAUCCAGUUUAUAUUUCCAUUCACUUUCCGAGAGUUGAAUUUGCUUGAGGAGAAAAAAUACAGCUGGGUGGAGCUUCUUCAUCACUUCUUUGCUGAGACCAAAGAAGCAGGAAUAUGUGGUUUUGAUAAACUCCAGCUUGUGUUCAUCCUUGAUGGUCUGGAUGAGUGUCGACUUCCUUUGGACUUCCACAACAACGAGAUCCUGACUGAUGUUACCGACUCGGCUUCAGUGGACGUGCUGCUGACAAACCUCAUCAUGGGGAAACUGUUCCCUUCUUCCUGCCUCUGGCUGACCACAACACACGAGGCAGCCAGUCAAAUCCCUCCAGGGUUCAUUGACAUGGUGACGGAGGUGAGAGGGUUCACUGAUCCAAAGAAGGACGAGUACUUCCGAAGGAGAUUCAGGAAUAAAGAGCUGGCCAGCAGAAUCAUCACCCACAUCAAGGCAUCACGAAGCCUCCACAUCAUUUGCCACAUCCCAAUCCUCUGUUGGAUCACUGCGACAGUUCUGGAGGAUUUGUUGAAAACCACAGAAAGAGGAGAGCUGCCCAAGACCUUGACUGAGAUGUAUAUCCAUUUUCUUUUAGAUCAGUCCAAACUGGCAAAUGUCAAAUAUCAUGAAGGAGCUGAGAGAGAAUCACUCUGGAACACAGAGACCAGUAAGAUGAUUGUGUCUCUGGGAAAGCUGGCUUUUGAACAGCUGCAGAAAGGCAACCUGAUCUUCUAUGAAGCAGAUCUUAAAGAGUGUGGCAUUGACAUUAAAGCUGCUUCUGUGUACUCAAGCGUGCUCACACAGAUCUUUAAGGAGGACCGUGGGCUGAACCAGGACAAACGAUUCUGCUUCGUCCACUUGAGCUUUCAGGAGUUUCUGGCUGCCCUUCAUGUCAUUGUGUCCUUCGUCAACUCUGGUGUCAACGUCUUGUCAGAAGAACAAUCAACCUCCCCACAGUCUGCUCUCAUCACUGGGCACUCUUCAGUCAAUCAGCUCUUCCAGAGUGCAGUCAACAAGGCUUUACAGAGUCCAAAUGGACACCUGGACUUGUUCCUCUGCUUCCUCGUUGGCCUCUCACUGCAGACCAAUCAAGCACUUCUUCAAGGCCUAUUGAAUCAAUCAGGAAGUAGCUUACAGAGCAAUCAGGACACAGUCCAGUACGUCAAGGAGAUGAUCAGGAAGAAUCCCUCUCCAGAGCAACGCAUCAACCUGUUUCACUGUCUGAAUGAGCUGCGUGAUCAUUCUCUGUUGGAGGAAAUCCAACAGUACCUCAGUUCAGAAUGUCUGUCCACAGACAAACUGUCUCCUGCUCAGUGGUCGGCUCUAGUCUUCAUCUUACUGUCAUCAGAGAGCAAGUUAGAUGUGUUUGACCUGAAGAAAUUCUCUGGUUCAGAGGAAAGUCUUCUGAGGUUGCUUCCAGUGCUUCAAGCCUCCAGUCUAUCUCUGUUGAGUGGCUGUAAGCUGUCUCAGAGAGUCUGCGAUGCUCUGGCCUCAGCUCUCAGCUCCCCGACCUCUAAUGUGAGAGAGCUGGACCUGAGCUACAACAAUGUGACAAAUUCUGGAAUCCAAGAGCUCACGGGUGGCUUGAAGGAAUGUAGACUGGAAACUCUCAGGCUGAGUAAGUGUGAGCUACAAUCCAUGAGUUGUGAAGCUCUGUCUUCAGUUCUCUGUUGCCCGUCAUCCAGUCUUAAAGAGCUGGACCUCACAAACAACAACUUGAAUGACGAAGGAGUGGAGCGGCUCUCUGUGGGAUUGGAGAGUCCACACUGUAGACUUGAAACUCUCAGGUUGAUUAACUGCAAGCUGACGUGGCAUAGCUGUGAUUAUGUGGGCUUAUUCCUUAGCUCCAAGUCUUCUGGUCUGAGACAGCUGGACCUGAGUAUGAACAACCUGAAGGAUUCAGGAGUGCUGGUAUUCAGGACCGGACUGAAGAAUCCCCGCUGUAAACUGGAAACCCUCAGGCUAAGGGCUUGUAACCUGUCAGAAAAUAGCUGUGAAACUUUGGCCUCAGUUCUCACCGUCCAGACCUCCAUCUUGAAAGAGCUGGACUUAAGUCAUAACAACUUGAAGGAUUCAGGAGUGAAGCUUCUUUCUGCUGGACUGGAGAGUCCACACUGUAACCUGGAAACUCUCAGACCCACAAGAGGAUAUUCUUUGUCAUCAUCACUAAUUAUAUCCAGGUUGGGUCAGUGUAAGAUGUCAGAGAGAAGCUGUGAAGCUCUGGCCUCAGCUCUCAGCUCACAGACCUCUAGUUUGAAAGAGCUGGACCUGAAUAGCAACGACCUGCAGGAUUCAGGAGUGAAGCUUCUUUCUGCUGGACUUGAGACUCCUCAAUGUAGACUGGAAACUCUCAGUCUGUCAGGCUGUCAGGUCACAGAGGAAGGCUGUGCUUCUCUGGUCUCAGCUCUGAGCUCCAACCCCUCCCAUCUGAGAGAGCUGGACCUGAGCUACAACCAUCCAGGAGACGCAGGAGUGAAGCUCCUCUCUGCUGGACUGGACGAUCCACAGUGGGGGCUGGAGACUCUAAAAGUGGACCAUGGCGGAGUGCAGAGGUUAAAAGCUGGUCUGCAGAAGUAUGCCUGUGAACUCAUACUGGACCCAAACACAGCACACAGACAGCUAAUCCUGUCUGAGGACAACAGACAGGUGAAAAGUGUGGAGGAGAAACAGCCUCAUCCGUAUCAUCCAGAGAGAUUUCAUGACUUGAGACAACUGCUGUGUACAACUGGGUUGACUGGUCGCUGUUACUGGGAAGUUGAGACUAAGGGACUGUGUUGCAUGGCAGUGGCUUACCGAGGAAUGAGAAGGAGAGGAAAUGCUGAUGACUGCUUGUUUGGAAGCAAUGACAAGUCCUGGAGUCUGGGCUACGAUGGGAGUUACCAUCUUUGGCACAGAUACAUAGAUUCGUGGUCCCCUUCCAACAACCUUGCCAGAGCAGCAGUGUAUCUGGACUGGCCUGCUGGCACUCUGUCCUUCUACAUGAUCUCCUCUGACACACUGACACACUUCUACACUUUCUACUCCAGAUUCACUGAACCCCUCUACCCUGGGUUUGGUUGUGCACCGACCUCCUCACUGUCUCUGUGUCAGAUAGAUGAGGGAACGUCUGCCAGACAGAAUCCAGAGGUAUAAUAUCCUUAAACAGAAAAAUGAAAUACCAGAGUAAGGGUGAAGAAUGUUUGCAUGAACAGAAACUUAAAGGUGUGAUAUGCAGCUGUUAGCAAAUUCUACUCGACACCAAGUUUGAAAUCAAUAAUCAGGAGAUUUAUUCUUGCAAGAAGGAGCAGAGUUGUAUCGCAUACAGUUAUGCGUCAAGUUGCUGCUCAGAGAUCUGUCUCUGAGUCUGUCUUUUAUACACUGUGAUAAACAGAGCUUCAUAACAGGGUAUGGUGAAGGUUUAAACCAGUUUGAACCGGUUCUUCCUUAUAUUCCUUUGAAACAAAUGUCGAUGGUUAGACUGAGUGCAGGUGUGUUAUCUGUCUUCCAAGACAUUCUGUGGAUUGCAAGGUCACGGCUAUAUUGAAACAGUCUGAUUCUAAGCAUCAUGGAAAAGUACCAGCAUUAUGCAUAUAUCAUUCUGUAUUUUUCCAACAUUUCCCUCCUAUUUGUACUUGAGUAAAAUGCAUAAUAAUAAAGAAAAUACAUAAUGAGUUUAAUAAGGCAAAAAGUAAGCAUUGGAUGUGUGUUUUAAAUGUAACUCCAAAUACAUGAAGCAAGAUAAAAACAUAGUUAAAAUGUAUGUAUCUCAAUGUCACACGGAUUAUUUCAUAGCUGUAAAAAUAAUAAAAAUGCUUCUAGCACA